AUGGCCGACACUUCUCGCACACAAAGCAGGAGACCCCGUAUAGCAGUAACCUUAGGUGACCCAGCAGGAAUAGGGCCAGAAGUUGUCGCCAAACUUCUAAGCAAUCCCAAGAACACACAAAAUGCCGACAUUUUUCUUCUCGCCGACCAGGCCGAACUCGACGCCGCUGUACAGGCUGCCGGGGGCGUCAAGGUACCAAUAUCUCCCACGGCAGGUCCGCAUGGGGUACAGCUCCUAGACGACAACAGCGCAUCAUCCUUCGGCACCAUACCCUCGCAGCACGCUAGCAAGGCAGCCGGCCAAAGAACAAUACACCAACUCAGACGUGCCGUGGAGCUGGCUCAGAAUGGAAAAGUCGACGCCAUCGUGUUCGCUCCUUUGAACAAGGCUUCACUCAAGGCAGCCGGUAUGCACGAGGAGGAUGAGCUCCGCUGGUUCGCAAAACAACUGUCGUUCACUGGAACCACCAGGGAAAUCAAUAUCUGUGGAGAUCUCUGGACAGCUCGCGUCACCAGCCAUGUGGGGAUCGAAAAGGUAGCUGGUCUGGUCACCCGGGAGUCGACUUCGAAAGCCAUAGAGCUACUCCACAGACUGCGAUGGGAAUCCGGCAUCGAGACUCCCCGCCUCGCAGUCUGCGCACUCAACCCACACAACGGCGAGUGCGGCAACUUCGGUCGCCAAGAGAUUGACCACAUAAAACCGGCAGUGGAAGCCGCCAAAGAGCAAGGGAUCGUAGUUGACGGGCCGUUCCCCUGCGAUACUAUCUUUCUGAAGCGAGACAAUUAUGACGGCAUCGUGACCAUGUAUCACGACCAGGGACAGAUAGCAAUGAAGCUGCUCGGCUUUGACGGCGGCGUCACCGUCCAAGGUGGGCUGCCGGUGGUGAUCGCCACGCCCGCGCACGGCACGGCAUUUGAUAUUGUGGGAAAGAAUAUCGCGAGUCCCAUCAGCACGCAGAACGCGUUUGAUAUUGCUAUUACCAUGGCAUCGAGAAGGACACAGCGUGGGCUGGACGCUGGAGGGACGCAGGUCUCUGUUGUGUCCUCGGAAGAGCAUCAUCUGGGAGAGCCGGGAGGUGUUAGUAAGAAAGGGGUCAGGAAUGUCUAUGUUCAGGAUCACAUACCUGCGUUUGGAUAA